AUGGACUGUGGCGCGGCGGCGAGGUGUGGGGACAGGGAGCGGCGCGUGCGGCAGUGGCCUGUCAGGGUGGGCGACGGGGAGUCUGUGUGGGCCGAGUUGAGGAGCGGGUGUAGGAAGCAGUACACGUGCUCUCAUACAAGUAGGCAACGGCUGCGUUUCCCGUAUGUAGGAAGGAGAAAAGCUGACGUUCAGGCUCGUGUCCCAAUUCUAGUUGAAAGGAGGCCUCUUCUAAUUGAAUUCGUCGGCCUCGAAAGGAGGCCUUACAAAGCUGUACAGCGCCGGCCUGGCCCUUCGGUGUUUGCCCUGCAGGCCGCCGACCUGCCUUUUGUUCUACCGUUCGGCCGGUCACCCCCCGCAUACGCUCUCUCGUGUCCCGUGCCGCCCCUCGAGUGCGCUCUCUGUGUCUACUCUGGUGGCGACGACUGGGGGUCGGGGACCGCCGCCACCGCCGUUGCAAGAUUUUCCAGCACUGCUUGCUCACCCAUUUCUCAAUUUAGAAAACCUCAAUUUCUGUACCUGAGCACCAAAUCAAGACCAUACUACUUUAGUCAUUCCCGACUGAUGGCAAUGGCUGCAGCUCCGGCCAAUGGUGAUUCACAGAGUGGUCCUCAGAGGAACUAUCAGGUUGUUGUUGCUGCCACUCGUGACAUGGGCAUUGGGAAGGAUGGGGUCUUGCCAUGGAAGCUUCUUGGUGAUCUUAAAUUCUUCAAAGAGCUAACACUAACUACAUCUGAUCCUGCCAAGAAGAAUGCAGUUAUAAUGGGAAGGAAAACAUGGGAGAGCAUUCCUGUUAAGUCAAGGCCAUUGCCUGGUCGUUUGAAUGUCAUACUUACUCGAUCUGGUAGUUUUGAUUUUGCAACAGUAGAGAAUGUUGUUAUAUGUGGAAGUAUGAAGUCUGCCUUAGAACUGCUAGCAUCAACUCCAUACUGCUUAUCAAUUGAGAAAGUUUUUGUUGUAGGAGGUGGGCAGGUACUGAGAGAAUAUCUUAAUGGACCUGCAUGUGAGGCUAUCCAUCUAACUGACAUUCAGUCGAGCAUUGAGUGUGACACUUUCAUCCCUCCAGUUGACUUCUCAGUGUUCCAGCCAUGGUAUUCAUCUUUCCCAGUGGUAGAGAGCAACAUUAGGCAUUCUUUUGUGACUUUUGUUCAUGUUAGAAAGUCAGUGGCAGAAACUCAUGAGUCAAAUGGCAAGGAUUCAACUGAGGUUGAUACCAAGAAUGACAAAUUUGAAAUAGAGAAUUUCUCUUUUCUCCCCAAGAUGGUAUAUGACCGCCAUGAGGAGUAUCAAUACCUCAAUCUUGUUGAAGAUAUUAUAAGGUCUGGUGCUCAGAAAAAUGACAGGACAGGAACUGGAACAUUGUCAAAAUUUGGGUGUCAGAUGCGGUUCAACUUAAGGAAAAAUUUUCCUCUGCUGACAACAAAGAGGGUAUUUUGGCGUGGUGUUGUCGAAGAACUCCUUUGGUUCAUCAGUGGCUCAACAAAUGCAAAGGUUUUGCAAGAGAAGGGUAUUCAUAUCUGGGAUGGCAAUGCUUCAAGAGAGUAUCUUGACAGAUACACUGACAUGCAUGCUGACUAUACUGGAAAAGGUUUUGAUCAGCUAAUGGAUGUGAUUGACAAGAUCAAGAAUAAUCCUGACGACCGCCGGAUAAUUUUGUCAGCGUGGAAUCCUUCAGAUCUUAAGAAGAUGGCUCUUCCUCCUUGCCACAUGUUUGCACAAUUUUACGUCGAAAACGGGGAGCUAUCCUGCCAGAUGUAUCAACGCUCUGCAGACAUGGGGCUUGGUGUUCCAUUCAACAUCGCAUCAUAUUCUCUUCUGACAUACAUGAUCGCUCAAGUUUGUGAUCUUUCUCCUGGAGAUUUUGUCCAUGUUAUAGGGGAUGCUCAUGUCUAUAGAACUCAUGUUCGAGCUCUGGAGGAGCAAAUUCAGAAGAUGCCUAAACCAUUUCCAAUUUUGAAGAUAAAUCCUUCAAAAAAGAAUAUAGAUUCUUUCAUGGCAUCAGACUUCAAGCUGGUUGGCUAUGAUCCUCACCAGAAGAUAGAGAUGAAAAUGGCAGUGUAA